GAGGAGUGGGCACAGAGAGCACGUUCCUGCUGCUUUUUGCCAUGGGAAGUGGGGCCAAAGACUUAUCCAGCCACUUGGGAGUUGGUUCCUCCCUUUUUUGUUACUUUGUGUGGGAGCACCAACAGACCUUUUUGAAUCAGCUGAGGGAGAUCACUGGUAUCAAUGACAUCCAAGUACUGCAGCAAGCUUUAAAGGAUAGCAAUGGCAAUUUGGAAUUAGCAGUGGCUUUCCUUACUGCGAAGAAUGCCAAGGUUCCUCAGCAGGAGGAGGCAACGUACUAUCAAACAGCACUUCCUGGGAAUGACAGAUAUAUCAGUGUGGGCAGCCAGGCAGACACAAAUGUGAUUGAUCUCACUGGAGAUGAUAAAGAUGAUCUUCAGAGGGCAAUUGCCUUGAGUUUGGAGGAAUCAAACAGGGCAUUCAGGGAGACUGGAAUAACAGAUGAGGAACAAGCCAUUAGCAGAGUCCUAGAAGCCAGCAUAGCAGAAAAUAAAGCAAGUUUGAAGAGGACACAUCCAGAAGUGUGGAGUGAUUCUCCAAAUCCAUAUGAUCGAAAGCGGCUAGAAAACUGUCCGGUUGGGUUAAAGAAUGUUGGCAACACAUGCUGGUUUAGUGCAGUUAUACAGUCAUUAUUUAACCUCCUGGAGUUUCGAAGGCUAGUUUUGAAUUACAGUCCUCCUGCAAAUGCUCAAGAUUUGCCUCGAAACCAAAAGGAACAUCGGAAUUUGCCUUUCAUGCGUGAGCUGAGGUAUCUAUUUGCACUUCUUGUUGGCUCAAAGAGAAAGUAUGUUGAUCCAUCCAGAGCAGUUGAAAUUCUUAAAGAUGCUUUCAAAUCGAAUGACUCUCAACAGCAAGAUGUUAGUGAGUUCACGCACAAGCUGUUAGAUUGGUUAGAAGAUGCCUUCCAAAUUAAAGCUGAAGAGGAGAGGGAUGGAGAAAAGCCAAAGAACCCAAUGGUAGAGUUGUUCUAUGGACGAUUUCUAGCAGUGGGUGUGCUUGAAGGUAAGAAAUUUGAAAACACAGAAAUGUUUGGCCAGUACCCACUCCAGGUUAAUGGCUUUAAAGAUCUGCAUGAGUGCCUAGAAGCUGCCAUGAUUGAAGGAGAAAUUGAAUCUUUACAUUCAGAAAACUCUGCAAAAUCUGGUCAGGAGCACUGGUUUACUGAACUUCCUCCUGUCUUAACUUUUGAGCUCUCAAGAUUUGAAUUUAAUCAGGCUUUGGGAAGACCAGAGAAGAUACAUAACAAGUUAGAAUUCCCUUCAGUUUUAUAUUUGGACAGAUACAUGCACAAAAAUAGAGAAAUAACAAGAAUUAAACGGGAUGAGAUCAAGAGGCUUAAAGAAUAUCUUACAGUUCUACAGCAGAGAUUAGAACGAUAUUUAAGCUAUGGUUCUGGUCCUAAACGAUUCCCCUUGGUAGAUGUCCUACAGUACGCAUUGGAAUUUGCAUCCAGUAAACCUGUUUGCACUUCACCGGUUGAUGAUAUUGAUGCUAGUGCUCCCUCUAGUGGUACUAUAACAACACAGACAAUACCAAGCACAACAGAGCAACAGGGGCCUUCAUCUUCAGAUAUACCAAGCACAUCUCCCAUACAAAGAUCAGUAAUACACAAGCCAUUCACACAGUCCAGGAUUCCUCCUGACCUGCCAAUGCAUCCAGCACCAAGGCAUAUAACUGAAGAAGAGCUUUCAGUGCUAGAAGGCUGUUUACAUCGCUGGAGGACUGAAGUAGAAAAUGACACUAGAGACUUGCAGGAAAGCAUAUCUAGAAUACAUCGGACAAUUGAAUUGAUGUACUCUGACAAAUCAAUGGUCCAAGUUCCUUAUCGGUUACAUGCUGUGCUUGUUCAUGAAGGCCAGGCUAAUGCAGGACACUACUGGGCAUACAUUUAUGACCACCACCAGAGGCGAUGGAUGAAAUACAAUGAUAUUUCUGUGACAAAGUCAACUUGGGAAGAGCUGGAACGUGACUCUUUUGGUGGCUACAGAAAUGCCAGCGCAUACUGUUUAAUGUAUAUUAAUGAUAAGGAACAAUACUUGAUGCAAGAGGAAUUUAACAAGGAAACUGGUCAGAUGCUUGUUGGAAUGGAUACGCUGCCGCCUGACUUAAGGGAGUAUGUCAAGGAAGACAAUAAGCGCUUUGAAAAAGAAAUAGAAGAAUGGGAUGCAGAGCUUGCUCAGAAAGCACAGCAAGAAAAGUUAAUAUCCCAGACCCCAAGGGUUCCUGCAGCCUUUACUGCUCCAGUUCAAGCAGGUGAUCCAGAAUAUCUAGAACAGCCAUCAAGGACUGAUCUCUCAAAACAUUUGAAAGAAGAAUCUGUACAAGCAAUUACUAAAGCAUUAGCUGAACAAGAAGAAAGAAGUCCUGAAGCUAUCAUGCAAGCGAACUCUGAUAACGCCCCAGCUCAACCAGCUCCUAACCAGCGAGUUGUAGAGGUGGCGAUUCCUGAUAUAGGGACUUUUGUGAUUGAGUCAGAGGAGGGGGGUUAUGACGAUGAGGUCAUGCUGACCCCGAACAUGCAAGGUAUUAUCAUGGCUAUAGGUAAAGCCAGGAAUGUUUAUGACAGGUGUGGGCCAGAAGCAGGGUUCUUUAAGGCAAUUAAAUUGGAAUAUGCCCGGCUACUAAAAAUGGCACAGGAAGAUACACCACGUGAACAUGAUUACCGUUUGAAUCAUGCAAUAGUCUACUUUAUCCAGAACCAAGCGCCAAAGAAAAUAAUUGAGAGAUCAUUACUGGAACAGUUUGCAGAUCACAAUUUGAGCUUUGAUGACAGGUGCCGUAACAUAAUGAAAGUGGCUCAAGCUAAACUUGAAAUGAUAAAACCUGAUGAAAUAAACAUGGAAGAGUAUGAGAGGUGGCAUCAAGAAUAUAAAAAGUUCAGAGAAACAACCAUGUAUCUUCUGGUAGGAUUGGAGCUUUUUCAAAAAAAGAGUUAUAUGGAGGCCUUGCUGUAUCUUAUCUAUGCGUAUCAGAAUAACAAAGAACUCUUGUCCAAAGGCCAGUACAGAGGGCAUGAUGAAGACCUGAUCUCACAUUACAGAAGAGAAUGUUUACUAAAACUAAAUGAACAUGCUGCAGCACUGUUUGAAUCAGGAGAUGAUCAGGAAGUAAAUAAUGGACUGAUCAUUAUGAAUGAGCUUAUUGUCCCGUGUUUGCCAUUGCUACUGGUGGAUGAAAUGGAAGAAAAGGAUAUUAUUGCUGUAGAAGAUAUGAGAAACCGCUGGUGUUCAUAUCUUGGACAAGAAAUGGAACCUAACUUGCAAGAAAAGCUGACAGAUUUCUUGCCAAAACUGCUUGAUUGUUCUACAGAAAUUAAAGGUUUCAAUGACCCGCCAAAAUUACCUUCCUAUUCUACACAUGAACUGUGUGAGAGAUAUGCCCGAAUCAUGUUGUCACGCAGUCGAACUCCAGCUGAUGGAAGAUAAACUCUGCAAACCUUCCUGAGCACAUUGUAUAAACUUUUUUAGUUCUUAACCCUUGCCUUCCUGUCACAGGGUUUGCUUGUUGCUGCUAUAGUUUUUAACUUUUUUAUUUUAAUAACUGCAAAAGACAAAUGACUACAAAACUUUAGCCAGACUGCAAAUAAAUAAAGCUGAGAAUCGCAUGGUGCUCAGUUUUUCAACCAGAGUUCAUGCAACAUUGCAAGUCUGAUUACUAUGGCAAAACUUCUUUUUUUGCCACCUAUCUGUUACAGUAUUACUUUGCUUUUAUCUGAGAUCCUUUACUUUAUCAACAGCUUUCUAUUCAGUCUGGAUCAUUCUGUGACUGCAACUAUUUUAAGUGUCCAGUGCUGUGUAAAUACAUGGUACUUGGUAGCUUGUAAAUGAAAUGAAAGAAUAAAGUUUUAUUUAUGUUUACUUCUGUGUUUCCAAGCACAUACAUUGUAUAUUAAUGUAUUAUAUAGGUUUUUUUAGGUAAGAUUCAGAUACAAUAUAUUGAUGGGCUGCUGGGUUUUUAGUCAUGAUUCUUCAGGAUUUAUGGCCCAUUUCUUUGAAGGUGGUCACUGAUUACAGCACCUUGGAAAACUGUCACAAUGUUAUUACACCCUCUACUUUUUGUAUGCUCUUUACUGAUCUGUAUAAUAUUGCAUCUGGCUCAUAUAUUUUGAGGCCACAUCAGGUUUGAUGUGAAGCUACAGACUGGUUUCCAAAGCAAAAAUUAAUUACAAUUUCCUUCUAUUCAUAGAAGACAUUUUUAAAACAAAACAAAACUAUUUUCAAUAGAAAUAGAAACUAUAUUACACACUCCAGGCUCUCAGUGAGAUUUAUUUUAAGACAAUUAAGUAGAGUAAGUGAGGGCUUUAUAAAUGUGAACUUUGUAAGACUGCAGAAUCUAUCACAUAUUAAAUAUUCAUUUUUUUCCUGUUUCAUAAAUUUGGUGUGUUAUAUGUGAACUGCACCACUCCAGCUCAGAGUGUAACUUUUCACUAAUUCUUGCUAUGGAAUAGGAUGCUGCUGUUGUUACAGCAAAAGACUUCCAAAAUCAAAUAUUAGUCCUUACUAACUCUCUAUCAGAAGCCGAUGAAGAAAUCUGUAGAGCUUGUUUUGUAGAACUGAAAUACUGUCUGAUUUUAAUGAAGAUAAUUAUUUUGUGAAAGAGUUUAAUGCAUCCUUAGGUAAUCCUGUUAACAGAAAAUAUUUUGAUUCUUAAUCUUUAUAGCAAUCAUUUUGUGGUAGAACAGUAAAAGAUGUAAAUAUG